AUAAAGAUCGGGAUAAUAUCCUUUCACUUCAUCAUUAACUGCACUGUUCUUCUCACCCUUUUCCAACGCUUGUUCCUCUUUCUCCUCCCUCGCUCCCACCUUCUUCUUCUGCAACCUCAGCUUUGUUCCAAUGGAGGAGGGUUUUGAACCCUACCAUGUUCCUCAGCAAAGCAGAAGAGACAAGCUCAGGGUCGGCUUUCACAGCCAACACUCUUCCCUUCCAACGGCGGCCUGCGCUGGUUUACUCCCUCUCUACGACCCUUCCCUUAUUCCCUCCGAUCUGCUGACUUGCGCCACAAAUAAUCCUCAAUCCUCCAAUUUGCAGAUAGACCCCGCAACUGUGCAAAUUAUCAACACCAAUCCUUUUCUUAAUUUUCCUCUCGCUCAAACCCUUCGCGCCGAGCCAUUGUCUCUAUCUCUCUCCUCCUCCCACAAUCACUACACUCAACAAGCUAAUCUUAACAGUAAUCCCCCCCUCGAGUUGAAUCUUCAGAGACAUGAUGGCGGCUCCGUGAAUAUCCCGGCCAACGACACCGUUUUGAGAAGCUCCGUCGUUCCGUUGGGGCCGUUUACGGGUUAUGCUUCGGUGUUGAAGGGAUCGAGGUUUCUGAAGCCGGCUCAGCAGUUAUUGGAGGAACUCUGUGACGUUGGGGGCCGUGAAAUAUGCGCCGCGGUAAAGAUGACGGCUGACGCUUCGUUGAUGGAACCUCCGUCGUCGGAGAGCCUCGGCUCCGGCGAUCCGCCGCCGCCUCCUGGGGAUGGUGUGGACGGUGGGAAGAAAAAGUCGAGACUGUUAACCAUGCUUGAUGAGGUGUACAGAAGGUACAGGCAGUACUAUCAACAGGUACAAGCAGUAGUAACUUCAUUUGAGUAUGUUUCAGGCCUGGGUAACGCAGCUCCUUAUGCAACAUUGGCUAUAAACGCCAUGACCAAGCAUUUCAAAUGCUUGAAGAAUGUGAUCAUGGACCAGCUUCAACUCACAAAUAAUAAGGCUCAUCAUUUUCACAGUAUGAGCAACAAGAAGGAUGGCUCUCCAAGGUUUGGAAAUGUUGACCAUAAUAGAGGAGCAGGACCUUACGGCCAAAUUAGGGAUUCUCACAACCCAGAAUUGUUAGGGCAACAACCAAUUUGGCGGCCUCAACGUGGACUUCCUGAACGUGCCGUCACUGUUCUUAGGGCAUGGUUGUUUGAGCACUUUCUACAUCCAUAUCCUACUGAUACGGACAAGCUGAUGCUGGCGAGACAGACUGGUCUGUCUCGUAGCCAGGUGUCAAACUGGUUCAUUAAUGCAAGAGUGAGGUUGUGGAAACCAAUGGUCGAAGAAAUACACAUGCUGGAAACACUACAGUCUCAAAAGGAUCAUCAGAACUGUGAAGAUCACAGCAAGAACAAGCCCAGCUUGAGUGACAAGUUUCAAGAUGAUGCUCCUUUUAAACGCAGCAGAAAUUAUGAACCUGGUCAUGAUAUAUCUGCAGUGACGAAUCAUCUUCCUUGUAAUGCAAUAGGCAAUGUCAACAAUAAUAAUCAGCCAGUCAGUGUUGGAGCCGCGGCCAAUAGCGUCUCGCUCACGCUGGGUCUCCACCAGAACAACGGUGGGCUUGCUCUAUCGGAACCUUUUCCCAUGAGUGAAGCUCUCCGUUUCGGGCUCGCCCUAGAAGUACCCAGUAACGAAGAGUAUGUAAUGAAUGGCUCUGAUUCACAGAAUCGGCAUUAUGGAAGAGACCAGGUUAUUGGAGGGCAGCUUGUGCGUGACUUUGUUGGCUAAGUAUUAUCAAAUAUUGGAUUAGUGUGAUUCACUAACCAUAAAAACGAGAAUAACGAUCGGAGAUAUUCUUCCUAUUUUUAUGGUGCUAAUUUUAGAGAGCUGGAUUGAGGUGGUAGUAUUAUUGUUUAGUAUUGGGACUCGGGGGUCCUAAGAAGGAUGUCAAGUUAUUGUGUAAAGUCAGUCCAAAUACAAGAAAAAAUUUCAUCUCUCUUGAUAGGUAA